GUGGAGAUGAAUACCGAUUGAGGGUCCUUUUUCAUGAUUCUGCUCCACUGGAUCUCUGGAUGCGAGGAUACGAUAUGCCGAGAAUAUCCAAUUCAAGGGAAGGCAAAUAUACCGGUAUUGCCAGCGAGACGUUGCAGGGAAGUGGAAGGAAAUAAACCUAAUGUGAGGUGUGAUGAGAUCAGAUAGAUUCCCUACUACUACUUUAAAACAAGAUCAGAAGGGCCCCUAUUAUUUUCAAUUCACCCAACCGAAAGCUUGCUCGAAAACCUUGCGCGCGCAAAUCAGGAAGGAAAGAAAAACACGGUUUAAAAUGUAUCACGUCGAUGACAGAGCAAUUGUCCCCGCAAGCUACCGCAACAGCAGGAGCCUCCCCGAUAGCUACGCAUUAGUCCACCAGAGUAAUCCACGAGCGGGAGUGAGAUAUGCAUCAGGAGGCGCAAUGUACAACACCGAGCAACCAGGGGCAACAAUGUACCGCCGUCAAACAAUGUACCACCGAGCCCCGGUAGUAUACCACCAGAACGGCCGGACGAGAUACUACGGCAACCAGAAUACCAUGUAUCACACUUCCCAAGGUGGACGAUACCAUGGUCAGGGAGCGCUAUACCACAGGAAUAGUAGGGCGUAUCAGGGCGGGUUGGGCUCGGAUGCAUAUACGGGGAGGAAUAGCUAUCAUGAGCAGAGAUACGUUGUUCCGCUUAACAGUCAACAUCGGGACAUCCCCGGGUACCACCCCCCUGCCCCCUCCCCCCGAAGUUACCACCGAAAUCGCGAUACCUAUCGAAGAGAAGUCGUAGCGGAUCACCUUUGCUGUGUUAUUACUUAAACCUUCAGGAGAGGGGAGGAUUUCAAAAAAACAUUGUAUCAUAAAGUCUCUCUGGAACGGCGUCCUGGUUUUUUUUCUUUUUUUUUUCCCGUUUUUCUCCCCACUUUUUCGCAAGUCCUUUUCCGAAAGAAAAGAAAGAAAGAAAAAAAGGAAACGUUCAUUGAUAAUACCCUUUCCUUUGUCAAAAUUUCCUGGCGGGUUUUUUUCUGGUUUUUUUU